CUUCGUAUUAGUUAGUUAUAAAAGAAUCAAAGUAAUAAGUGGUGAAUUUCCUGUUAAUAUGCCUGAUGAUUUCUUGUACUGCAGAUGGCAAACUUGCAGCAUCAGCUGGAGGCAGCAAACGACAAUAACAGUAAGGUGACAACGAUGCCGGAGCAUGUGUUAGCUUCUCGUAGCAAGAUUCAGGCAGUUCUGGGUGCAGUACAAACAGAGUUGGGACACAAGGACGCAACCACAGAAAAGAUAGGUAAAUGGAGCCAAAGUCAGCAGAAAAUACAGAUAUUAGAAAUGGAUUGGAAAGCCAAACUGGUUGCCAUGGAAAGGCAGCACAGCAGCCAGUUGGAACCACUUUCUAAGGCACUAGAAGUUGCUAGAAUGGACAAAAAGACACUUGCUCUUUGUUUGGAAGAAGUUCAGCAGGCCAAUAAUGUCCUGCAGAGUAAGCUGAUCCACACUCAGGAUGACCUGAAAAGUAAAGAAGCUGAGCAUCAACAGCUGAUGGCCUGCAGCGUUGACUGUACGCUGAGCCAGCAGUAUGACAGUCUCACACACAGCUACAGAAAUGAGACUGAAAAUGAACUGAGAGAAUUGGAAGCAAUAAAGGAGGACUAUCAGAAGAAUUAUGAACAGCACACCCAACAAUUUGUGUCAGAGUUGAAGAGUCUGCGUAGUGAGAUGCAAAUAUUGUUGGAAAAACAACAUAAAGUGCAAGUGCAGAACAGGCAGCUGGAGACCCAGCUAGAAGUGGAGAGAAGGCAAGUGCAUCAGUUGGAAAAUGAGCAUCAGAUACGAGAAAAAACAACCCAACAUCUGAAGAAAUGUAAAGAGGAAAUAGAAAAACUGAAACAAGCCAGUAUGGUGUCAGAACAGAUGACAAAUAACCUGAAAGAAGCUCAGCGCUGGUUCAAAUCAGAGUUUGACAGCCUGCAGCCAGAUUGUCUGAAAAACCACCAGCCGGUGAACUUCGAAGACAGCAGCUCCAAGGAGAUGGUAAAGAAUGCAAGCACACUCUUUUCAGAGAGCAAAGAAAAUAGGUGCAGAGAAGUAUUUGAUAGCUCAUAUCAGUCAGAAUUUCAGUUGCCUAAACUUUUUAUUAGCCGUUACACAUGCAUGGAAGACAAAGCCUUCUUCCUAUUCUAGUUUAGUUGAUUUCCUCCUCUUUUGCCAGAGGAGGCAUUAAAUAUGCAAAAACAUUAAAUAUGCAAUUACGUAAGAGUCAAGGUACUACUUCCAUACUUUGAGAGGUUAUAUUGCACAUGCUUCAUGUUUUGUUGCUGCUCAUAAACUAAAUACUUGUCUGAGACUUAACAGCUGGCAUAUUAUUUUUCAGCAUUCACCUGUUUCAGUGGUUCUCCUUCCCCUCC